GGUUUAUCGCAUUGGUUUAUCGCAUGCUACUGUGCCAUACGUGCACUACCAUGGGAACGAGGUUCGUUCGGCCUCUUUUUUGCAUUGCCACCUUUGGGGUCUUGGCACCAUGAAGCGCAAUCCGUUUGUGUCGUCCUCUCGGCGGAAGAGCCGUAAGCGUCAUUUCAAUGCGCCCUCGCACAUCCGUCGUAAGUUGAUGAGCUCACCGCUGUCUAAGGACCUGAGGACCAAGCACAAUGUCCGCAGCAUGCCCAUCCGCAAAGAUGACGAGGUUCAGGUCUCUCGAGGUCACUACAAAGGUCAGCAGGUCGGCAAGGUCGUGCAGGUGUACAGGAAGAAGUUUGUGAUCUACAUUGAGAGGAUCCAGAGGGAGAAAGCCAACGGAGCCCAGGUGUUUGUUGGCAUUCACCCUAGCAAGGUCGUGAUCGUCAAACUGAAGAUGGACAAGGAUCGCAAGCGACUGUUGGAGCGCAAGGCCGCGUCCCGCUCCCAGCGAGACAAGGGCAAGGGCAAGCACACCGAGGAAUCAGUUGCCAUGGCAACAGACUAAAGCACCAACCAAUCACGUGGUUUCAAUAACUAAAGGGGGGCGUGGCUAGAUUCUUGUACAUUAACAGCUCUCAUGUCAAAAGGUUUAUCAAUAACACCAAACGGAACAGGAGUGAAGUAAA